AUGACGCCCACGUCACCCAUUCGAAGAGACACAAGACUACUCUCACCACCAAGACACAACAAUGGCAAGGAGCGAAGGAACCCCUCCAUCACUCCUAGGAAAUUUCGACGAUUUUUCACCCCACGGACUAGAGUCUCGUCACAUCUGGCCUCUGGUCAUAUAAGUCCAGCCCGGAGAGCUCUCAGAGACCUGGCGGCUCCAACGCUCAACAACCGUCUACAGACACCGGCACCAUCCAGUCCACUCAAACCCUCUUCCGAAUAUGGCCAAGACGACCAGGACGAAAAUGCCAUUGAGGACGACACAAGGGCCAAGCGUAGAAAGUUGCAGCACACGCCAGAAUCGUCACCGUUUCAACCGCACCAUCUCGAGCCACUUCUCCCUCUUGCGUCCGAGAAGUCGUCAGUCUUGCUCAGUCCCAUCCAAUCGAUUCACUCCAGCCAAACCACCCUCCCGGACUUGGAUGAAAGCGAUUGUGAAAAUCUUGACGAGGAACCCGUCAGGCGGUUGGCCCCCAUACCAAGCAGGGGCUUUGCCGGCCAGCUUCUUCAGCGAGAAUUGGGCGGUAGACCGUGCGCCGGUAGAUCAUACAUGUCCUAUCCUGCCUCGGACUGGAAAACAGAAACCGCCGACUUCUACAGUCGGCCAGCAAAUGUUCAUAAUUGCACUAGCCACGAUGGUCCGGGCCGCUGCAUACCCUUCUGUACGGCAACUUGCAAUACCAACAGCCUCGUGGCAGUAGGUGAUGAAGAGGGCCGAGUGAGACUGCUCGACUCGUCAGGCGAUGCUUCGCAGCCAUUCAGUAACAUUCAUGUCUCGUUUCCGGCUCACAGUAACGCCAUUAUCGAUCUUGCCUUUUCAAACGACGACUAUCUGCUAGCAACUGCUUCUGGAGACCAGACAGGACGUGUCAUAGAUAUGAUAACUCAAAAACCAAUUGCCAUUCUCCAACAUCACACUGCUUCCUUGAAGCAGGUACGAUUCCAACCCGGAACCUCCAAUGGAUCAGUCCUGGCCACCUCUUCUCGAGAUGGCAGUGUUCAGAUCUGGGAUCUUCGGUGCAAAGGCCCCGUGUCGGAGAUAUCCUCGGAUGACGGACUCAGUACUGGCCUUAGAUAUGUCCGCAGCACAGCACCGAAACAGGGAUGCGCAGUCAACAGUAUUUAUGACGCACAUGCUCGGACAGCCAGACAAGUCAAGCAAGCAACUGCUGGCCCUGGAGAUACACCCUCACGUGGAGAGCUGCCAGGACGGAUAGGUGACGUCUCCGUGACAGCGCUGCAGUUCCUUCCAGAAGGUCGUGAACACUUGCUCCUUACGGCUUGCGAAGCUGAUGCGUGCAUCAAGUUGUGGGAUAUCCGGUCCACUUCCAAUAGACACAAAACCUCGACCCCAAUCUCCGCAACUGCUCCGCCUACUUCGCAUUCAUACUGGCGCCCUUUCGGCAUUCCAUCGCUCGCCCUCAAUACGGACGCUUCACGUCUCUAUGCUCUGUGCAAAGACAAUACUGUAUAUGCCUACUCGAUGGCACAUCUGAUGCUGGGUCACGCACCAGAACUCAGCAGUCGCGAGCCGGCAAGGCGCCGUCACGGCAACGUCACCCACAACGGUCUCGGUCCACUAUAUGGUUUCCGACACCCAUCACUUCAUGCUACUUCUUUCUACGUCAAGUGCGCUGUUCGCCCAGCAAAAGAUGGGCACAGCGAACUUUUAGCCGUCGGAAGUUCCGACGCCUGCGCAGUAGUUUUCCCAACCGAAGAGCGCUACUUCCGAGACGAUCUCUCGGGUGCCAUGUCCUCUCUUUCUUUGGACCAGUCCACCAUUGCCACUUCGACGCUUCCUCCUUCUGCUUUCACGCGCUCUCAUAGACCAUUGCUGGGACCGCCUUUGUUUCAGCGUACUGCUAGCUCCUCGAGACUCGCCGCCAUGCGCGAAAAGGAAGAUAUUCCCAUGCAUAGGAAUGGCACGCCGCUUGUCCGUGGCCAUGACCGCGAAGUCGGAGCAUUGGCUUGGACUGACAAGGGCAAGCUGAUCACCGUGGGCGACGAUUACCUUAUCCGGUGCUGGAGUGAGGAUCGGGAGCAAGCCAAAGACCUGAGAACAGGUGGCGAGACAGAAGGCCGGCGAUGGGGUUGUGGCUGGGCCAACGUUGGUGAGGAUUGGGAAGGCGAUGCCGAAGACGAUGAUGAUGAAUAA